UGCGUGGAUCUAAAUUUUUCUACACAAGUAUGAGGCCGCAGUAUUGCUAUAAACGAGCGAACAAGUUGAAUCGUUCAUGGGUCGAGCUACAUAUAUCAAGAGGGAUCGAGACAGAGUCUCACAAAAUCUUCAUGCGAAUUACUGUUAUAGUAACUUAUUGGAUAGUUUAUGUUUCUUCCUUGUUACUUUCAAUCGGUUUUUUCCGCAAGAUUGUAUCUUAUAGAAUGCUUAAUUAUUGUGCAAUAGCUGUGCUUUAUCCAGGGUUGUUGGCCGUAGACAAUGGGCAUUUUCAAUACAAUCACAUAUCGCUUGGCUUAUUCCUCUUUUCAUUUACUUGCUUUGUUUCAAGUUUCUUAAAAAUUGGUUCAGUAUUUUUUAUACUGGCAUUAUUUUUCAAACAAAUGGAGUUGUAUCAUGCUUUACCGAUUGCCAUUUAUUUACUAUCAAAGUCAUUUCCGAGUGACAAUCGACUGAGCGCGAGUCAAUAUCGUUAUUGGGCAAAGCAGCUAUUUAUAUUAUUUAUUACUGUCAUCAUUACAAUUCUAUUCGUUUUGCUUCCUUUUUUUGUUACCAAAUCUAAUUUGAUACAGAUAUUGCAUCGGACUUUCCCAUUUUACCGUGGUAUUUUCGAGGAUAAAGUGGCUAAUUUCUGGUGUUCUGUUAAUGUACUGUACAAAUUGAAGGAUAAUUUCAAAAUAGUGGUUUUGUUGCGUAUGAGUGCCAUAAUGGUUCUUGUGACAAAUAUUCCCUGGUUAUUAUGUUUAUUUUAUUAUCCAACAGUGACCAAUUUCAAAUAUGGCUUACUGGCAUCCAGCUUAUCCUUCUUUUUGUUUUCAUUUCAAGUUCAUGAAAAAUCAAUUCUUCUUGCAGCAUUGCCUGCUAUAUUAUUGUGGAAUGAGAGUCCUGUGUUUGUUUCGUGGAUAUUGAUUAUCUCAAACACAAGUCUCUAUCCACUUUGCAUCAAAGAUGGCAAUGCUAUUCAUUUGGCGCUAUUUAUCUUUUAUUAUAUUACUACAUAUUCGUCUUUCUCAAAACUUCCGGUGUUUAAGCAAUUGGUUGUUCAUGGAAGCUGUUUGGCAUCGUUAACGUUGUGUUUGGCAAAUUUGCUUUUUCCACCACCAGCACGAUUUCCUCAUAUUUUCUCUCUCCUAAUAGCUGUUUACUGUUUCGUUCACUUCACGAUGUUUUUCUUAUAUAUUAACCUGAUUGCACUUAGAUUCAUGUUUGAGCAAUUGAAAAUUGCAGACUUGCUUAUUGUUUCAGUUCGUGAAUCCUAAUGAACAGUAAUUUUCUGGCCUUGUCACUAUAGUGCUUGAUACGCAGUCUAUAUGAUUCGUUGUUAGUGUUAGUAGUGGAAGUUGAAAGGCUCUGAUUUAUAGUAUUUAUCACCAGCACAUUUGACUUUUACUUUAUUCAACUUUCCAAUUGUAAUAAAUCGCUG